UGACGUUUUUGUAACCGUUCUUUUUUAAAGACGCACUUCGUACACUCAUUACAUGUAUACAGCUAAUAUGUAAUAAAUACAAAAUCUAUUUGUAUACAUAAACCUGAUGUAUGUAUUAUGCGUGAGAAAUGUGUGAUUAUAGAAUUUUUACCGAGCCUGUUUGUUUUCUCCCUUGGCGUUUGUCAACUUGAGAUUUUUUUUUUUUAACGUCAAAAUGUGAUUUCGAUAAGGAUUCGUCUUCUGAUUUGGACGAAAAGAAAGGUCGACGCACGUUCUGCCGUAGUUCACGUAGCGUUGAUAGUUUCUUUUUUUCUUUCUUUUAAAUACACAUACGAAGAUAAAGAGAAAGCUGUGCCGCUUUCUCAUUUCUCUCUUCCCCCCCCCUUCGAAAAGCCAAAAUUUCUCUUACACAUCUCAAAGAAACAAAUCAGUGGAUAAAAAAAAGAAAAAUGGCCAAUUUGGAAAAGCUUUUACAAAAGUUUUCCUUUUACCUCUACUACUUCGUUUACGAAAUCUUUUACUAUUUGAUCGGGAGUCUGGCAAUCGUCGAGGACAUCGUUUACAGGAAAAGGAACAAAUGCUCAUUACAGAAACGUACAGGUGAAGUUGCUAUUGUCACUGGAGGCGCCAGAGGGAUUGGACUGUCUCUUGUAAAAAACCUAUUGAUGUGUGAUAUGACAGUGAUAAUAGGUUGUCGGAAAACAACAGCUGGAGAAGUAGCUAUUGACAAAUUGAGAACAGCUGGACUCAACUCAGGUCUUGCAAAAGUAAUCGAACUUGAUCUCAUGUCUCUAAAAUCUGUGAAGGAUUUCGCUCAUAAGGUAAAGAGCGAAUUCGAAGCUAUAAGUCUUAUGAUAAAUAAUGCGGGAAUUAUGUUUCCUCCUUAUAUUGAAAGUGAAGAUGGUUAUGAAUCUCAAUGGCAAGUGAACUAUUUAGCACCGUUUCUUCUGACGCAUCUACUACUCCCUGCUUUUGAACAUGCUGGUGAAGUUUCAGGAAAAAAUGCCAGAAUAGUUAAUGUUACCUCUUGUGCCCAUGUAGUUUCCCUUCCCAUCAAUUUUGAUAAUAUAAACAAGAAGGAUUAUUACAUUCCAAGUGCUGUUUACGCACAGUCAAAACUGGCUCAAAUUUUGUUUUCCAUGGAACUUGAUAAUUAUUUAAAAACAAAACAAUCUAAAGUGAGGGUACUGUCAGUACAUCCAGGUAUCGUCAAUACCGAUUUAUUCAAUGGCACUCUUUUGAAAACAAUAUUCCCUUGGUUGCUUAAAUAUAUAUGUAAAGAUGUCGAAGAAGGAGCGACGUCUGUUCUUUACCCGUGUUUGUCGCCUACACUUGAAAACGUCGGAGGAGUUUACAUCAGUAACUGCCAGUUGAAAAACCCGAGCUCAUUGGCAAAGGACAAAGCCCUACAGGCAAAAUUAUUCCAACACUCUCUCAAUGCCCUGAACAUAAAAGAGUUUGGAGUCGCAAUAUCAUCAAAUUAAUUGUUUUUAAAAGUAUUAUGUAUGUUUUUAUUCAUUGUUUAAAAAAGUGUGGUUUGUAAUUAACAUUGCAAUACCAGCAUGAGACUGAAUCAACGACUUAACAUUUAUAUAAUAUUUCAUGCACUUUCAUUCUUUUUUUAAUAUGUUA